AUGGCUGCCGGAAGAUUAUUGCUCUACACCGGCCUCUCGCUAGCGCUCUGCGCCCUCGGCAUGCUGGCCGUGGCUAUCUGCUCGGACCACUGGUACGAGACGGACGCCAGGAAGCACAGGGACAGGUGCAAGGCCUUCAACACCCGCCGGGUCGACCCCGGCUUCAUUUACAACAAUAACAACAACUUGCCGCUCCGGGCGAGCCGCUCGCGCCUGGACCGCUGGGAGGGCAAACUCCUCCGGGCGCGGAAUCGCCGGCAGCUGUUUGCCAUGAGCCCUGCGGACGAGUGCAGCCGGCAGUACAACUCCACCAACAUGGGUCUCUGGAGGAAGUGCCACCGGCAGGGCUUCGACCCCGAGAUCGCCGCCCUCAUUCGGAAAGGAGAAAUUGAGCGAUGCACGUACAUCAAAUACCACUACUCCUCAGCAACCAUCCCCAGGAACCUCACUUUCAAUAUCACGAAGACCAUCCGUCAGGACGAGUGGCAUGCCCUACACCUGCGCAGAAUGACGGCUGGCUUUAUGGGCAUGGCGGUGGCCAUCAUCCUCUUUGGCUGGAUCAUCGGCGUGCUGGGCUGCUGCUGGGACCGAGGCCUUAUGCAGUACGUGGCAGGGCUGCUCUUCCUCAUGGGAGGAACCUUCUGCAUCAUUUCACUGUGCACCUGUGUGGCCGGGAUCAACUUUGAGCUGUCACGUUACCCACGCUACUUGUACGGACUCCCUGAUGAUAUCAGCCAUGGCUAUGGCUGGUCCAUGUUCUGUGCAUGGGGGGGCCUGGGCCUCACACUCAUCUCGGGAUUCUUCUGUACCUUGGCCCCUUCUGUUCAACCUGUCCCGAGGACCAACUGCCCUAAAUCCAGACCCGAGAAUGGGACAGUGUGCUAA